AGCCCUCCCAGCGGCCGCUUCACUGGGCCACGCACGCCCACCAAAACGAGCACACAAACACACACACACACACACACGCACACACACCUGCUCAUACCCGGCGCCCCCUCCAUACACCUGUCCCUUCCCGCGUCUCCCGAAAAGGACAACGAGCGAUACGUCAGCGGUGAGAUCCGUGUCCAAUAGUGUGAAGAAAACGAGUGAAGUUUAAUAUUUGGACAAGACAAGUGUGGGACAAGUUGGGAGAUUAUCGCGUGUGAGAGGGAGGGAGAGAGGAGAAGAAAACGCCUGUACCCCGCUCACCGCCCCCACACGCUGAUACCUGUCCGUCAAGGUGUGAAGAGGUGUGAGGAGGUGCCGCGGUGGUUCUCAGUCCACAAACCAAGCAAUUAACGAACCAAACGAGCGUGUAAAAUUAUGUGUGUGACAAGAGUGCGUUCAGAGUCCAUAAUAUCCUCGUGAGUUUUAUUGUUUCCUUACCUAAGACGACCCCCUACAUACACACACACACACACAUACACACACACACACACACACACACACACACACACACACACACGAGUACACACACACACACACACACAGAGACACUCACACAUUCCCAACCGCUACAAUAAUGGCUUCAAGCCCUUGCCAUUUCCGCGCACCUCCUUCUCCUUCUCCUCCUCCUCCUCCACUUCCUCCUCCGUUAAGUGAAUAAUCGUGAGGGAAAGAUAGAUAGCGUGUGGAGGCAGAGGAGCGGAAAACAAGUGAAAGCCGUGUGUGUGAGAGUGAUUCCCGUGCAGUGAUCCCGGCCGGAGAGCGUGAAGAGGAGAUUUAAGCUGCAAGAUACUUACCCCUCAGCCUGACGAUCUCUUGGAGGCCCGGCGAGCUUCGAAGGGGCAUGGCUCGUGGAGGGACAAGGACACGUCAGGCAUCGGAGUUCUUCCUUCUCGCCUUCCUCUCCACCUUCACCACCACCCCUGCACCCUCCGCCGCCGCCUCCACCACCACCACCACCGCCGCCGCCGUCUCCACCACCCUCGCCGCCACCACCACCACUCCUAGCCUUUUCGCCAGCGUGUCUGAGGUUGAGGAUGAUCACUACGGGUCCCUCGUGGCCGUGACAGCUGUGCGCGGGGCAGCGGCGAAGCUCCCGUGUAAGGUGAGCUCCGUGAACCCCGACGACCCGGUGCUGCUGGUGCUGUGGUACAAGAACGCCUCCCUUACGCCCGUCUACAGCUACGACUCAAGGAGGAGGGAGGAAAGGCUCAUCUCCUCCUCGUGGACAGCUGGACGCGGGAGGCAAUGGGCGGACGAGUGGGUGUGGGGGAAGGGGCGGAAGGUGUGGUUCGACGUCUCCACCUCCCCGGCCCAGCUCGUAGUCAGUCCCGUGGGUGGCAGGGACGAAGGGAACUACAGGUGUAAGGUCCAUUUCAGGUCCUCGCCGUCGUGGUCCCAGCGAAUCACUCUGACUGUGGAGGAUCCUCCCGGGUACCCUCGGCUUCAGGAUCCUUCAGGGCGCCGUCUGGAGGGUCCCAUCGGCCCCUACAACCAGGGCACCACCGUCACCCUAAUAUGCCUCGCGCCGGGGAAUCCGCGGCCUGGUCUGGUGUGGGGGGAAGACAGUCUGUUGGUGGGGAGGAAGGUGGUGGAGAACAUGGUAGGGGAGGAAGGUGGUGGUGGUGGUAGUGAUGUUGAAAGCAGGGCGGUACUUCGUGUUAUCGCCACUCGAGAGACAUCUGGUUCGAAUAUAACCUGCUCCACCACAGCGCCUACCACCUCCACCACCUCCACCACCACCACGGUUUCAAUAUCCUCCGAUGCUGCACCACCACCACCCACACCGCCAAGUAGUACCAUUAAGAGUCUAACCACCUCCUCUUUACCGAUGGCCACCUCCUCAACCACCAUCACCACCACCACCACUGCUACUGUUGCUGCUUCCUCCACCACCACCACCACCAACAUCAACACCACCACCGCCGCCGCCUCUGCCUCCUCCUCUCCCGCCGCUGCCUCUGUUCCUGCCGGCGCUACUGUAACCCACACCGUCAGCGCUAUCCUUACCGUUAACCUGCCCCCGGUAAGCGUGAGACUCCGGGCUGCUCAGGGCUCCGAGGCGUGGGUCAUCGGGGGGCAGCAGUCGACCUUCACGUGCAGGGUUGAAGGCGCCUUUCCGCAGCCUAUCGUUCGCUGGUCGCUCGGCCGAAGAGAGCUCACCACGCAGCAGUACCCUGUGGUGGUGGAGGCAGGUGUUCUCGAGAGCCAGGUGGUGCUUACCCCGGAGGCAGGUGACCACGGCGCGGCUCUUACCUGCUCAGCCCAUAGCCCCAACCUGCCUCAAGCCGCACUUCAGGACCACAUCACCCUCACCGUUCAUUUCGUCCCCGUGGCUCGCUUACGGGUGACAGGCCUUGACGGGGACAAUAUUACCGUGAGUCAGGGAGACAACAUCACGCUCACCUGCCACCUGCAAGCCAACCCAAGCGUCUACAACGUCACCUGGUAUCACAAUGGCCGCGCCGUGACCGUGGGCGUGGAGGGAGCGAGGCUGGCGCUGAGGCAGGUAAAGAUGGGUGACCGGGGCCUGUACACCUGCCUCGCUAGCAACCAGGUGGGCGACGGGCAUAGCAACGCUGUCAACCUCAACGUACUGUUUCGUCCGGUGUGCGCUCCCAACCAGACUCUUCAGUACCGGCGGGUGAGAGGCGAGGCGCUGACCAUCGUGUGUACCUUGAAGGCGUAUCCCCCCACCCUAGUGUACACCUGGGCAAUUAAGAAGACGCCAGAUAGUACCCCGGAAAUGCUGGCCAGCGUGGGGCGGGAGGAGGGCCUGACGGGGCGCUACACCUUGCCACGCCUUCGGGAGGAGCGGCGCGAGGAGGAGGUUGUGCAGUGCUGGGCGAGUAACAGCGAGGGGACCCAACUCUACCCUUGCAAUUUUACUGUAUUCACGCAAAGUAAGCCGGGUCCCGUGGAGGGCUGCAAGGUGACUCAACACACGGCAGGAGGGUUCACGGUGCAGUGCCUACCUGAGCCCCGCCCCGCCCCGAACACCACCUACACCCUCCUGGCCUUCGCUGUGGCUAGUCCAAACAAAGGAGGGGAGGCGAACAAUACAGUGGGAGACCGAAGCAAAGCCAUCGUUAGUGACAGCAGUAGCGGCGGCGGCGGUGCGGGUGGUGGCGGCAGAGGAGGCGGCGGCGAUGAUGGUGGUGGUGGAGGUUUAAGCGAGUCAGCAAGAUCUUACGGUGAUAAACAGCUGGUGGCUAAUCUCACUCAUAGCUCACCUGUGUUCACCGUGAGGGGCCUGGAGGCGGGGCUCGAACACCUGGUCAUCGUGAGGGCGCAGAACAACGAGGGGAAAGGCGAACCGGUGCUCCUCUCCACUUUCACUCUCAACGACAACCCGCAGACGGUGAUUCGAAUGCCGCCGCGACUUGAUGUGGGCGAGAGCGGCGGCGAGGGCGGGCGAGGGCGGCUUUUGGUGGCACUGCUCUCGGCUCUUAUUGUGGUGGCGGCGGGCGUGGGCGGCAUUGUGGCGGUGGCUGUGGUGGUGGUGCGGUGGCGAGGAGCAGCGGCGAGACACGAGCACUCCAGAGACACGGUGGAGCUGAGCGAGGAGAGUGUGGUGGUGCUGGCGACGGGUGCCCAGGAGCCCAGCAGCCCGCAGUCCCCCGCCCCGUGCUCCCAUCCCCCGCAGCACCCCCUCACCCAUCCCCACCCACACCCACAUCCACACCCUCACCCACACCCAGUGUUCCAGACGCUUCAAGUGGACCUGAGUGACACACCUGAGCUCCUCACCUGUCAGGCGGGCAGGGGGGGUGAGCCCAGCCCCCCUCGGUGACCCCCACACCUUCCCCCGCGCCCCCCGCCCCCCUCCCCCACCCUCAGACUUGCGGUGGAACAAGGUCAGCGACGCAUGACACGCUCUGGAAAAUCACAGAGGCGGGAUUCGUUGAUUGCUAAUGUAUAUAUAUUACGCCGUGUUUCAGAGUGAUAUUUUUAUCGCCUCAGCCGGUACAACGUUAAGCCCCACUUGAUCAAAUGUCGGGUUUAUGCAUGCGUGGAGCUGAUUACACGAGUUUGCUAUUGAAUUUCCGUGUGUAUCGGGUCUGUGUUUUGCUUACUUUGUGAUUGUGUUGUGUGUGUGUGUGUGUGAGUGUGUGCGCGAGAUAAACUGAUAUAGAGAUAGACACAUGCGGAUACAGACAGAACAAAAUACAGAAAGACAGAUAGAGACAGAUACAGACAGAACUAGAUGGACAGACAGAUAGAUAGACACAGGCAGAUACAGGGAGAAAAAUAGACAGACAUAGAUAGACACAGGCAGAUACAAGGAGAAAAAUAGACAGACAGAUAGAUAGACACAGGCAGAUACAGAGAAAAAUACAGACAAGCAGAUACAGACAGUAAGAGACAAACACACAUAGAGACAAACAAACCGCAGGCAAACUGACAGAAAGACAGCGCCAAAAACAGAGAGGCAGAGACAGACAGACAGACAAAGACGGAUAAACUGACAGACAAAUUGACAAAGACUGACAGAAUGAGACAGAAACAGGCAAACUGACAGACAAAUCGAGAGAAAUUCAGUGACAAAGCAAGACAAAGACAGACAGGCAGACAGACAGACAGAAACAAAGCCCAAACGCUGACGGACAUAGAGCGAAUGAGGGCCAUACACUAAAAUAAUGGACUCACUAAAAUAAUGAACACGGGACGGUGCUCCACUAAGGGCCAUUACAAGCAGGUGUAUUACAGGUGUGUCGAGCAUUAGUGCAACGCAGGACGGACUCGGAGAAAGGCAGGAGCAGGAGGGUGACCGUGCAGGCCGACCUACACUUCCCCUGCUGCCUACACACCCCCUCAGGCAGGCCGGAAGUACACCUACACCCACCUGCACCAUGGCCCUGUAAAACGACCCACUGAGCCACCGUGAGAGACCCCCCUUGUGAGUCCUCCUUCCCCCUCCUCUGUGGCCCCCCCAAGACAUCACAGACCACAGAGGGCCGGAGCUACGGUGGCCCUGACGGUUCCUCUGGUCCUUAUCCCCGGCUGUGCCCCGAUUGAGAGGUCCCCACGAGGCCAACCUAGUCACUUUGUCAUGUCCAGAUUGAGGCAGUUACCUUCCUUCCCUCCCACACACCUUGCCCUCCGCCUUCCUACCUUCCCCUCCCUCCUCUCCCGUUCCUUAUCAUAAACCUUGCCUUCCUCCUCCUCCUCCUCCUCCUCCUCUUCCUCCUCCUCCUCCUUACCUUCCCUCAAGCCUUGCCCUCGGCCUUCCUACCUUCUCCUCCCUCUCCUUACCUUCCUUCAAACCUUGCCUUCCUCCUUCCUCCUCCUUCUCCUCCCUCUCCUUACCUUCCUCCUUCCUCCUCCUCCUCCUUUCUCUCCUUACCUUCCCUCAAACCUUGCCUUCCUCCUUCCCUCAAACCUUGCUUUUCUCCUUCCUCCUCCUCCUCCUCACCUUCCCUCAAACCUUGCCUUCCUCCUUCCUCCUCCC